AUGUUUAUAUUUGAAAAUGCGCAACACUAUUUUAAUUUUUUUCGUAAUUUUAAUGGAUGUUAUACAGAUAAUAAGUUAUUAAGAUAUUUUUUUAAAAAAAGUUAUAAUAAUUGGUUUAAUGAUCCAAGCCAAUAUAAUUAUUAUUUUAUUUCAUACUAUGCAGUAGCAAUAUCCAUAUCAGUUUUAUUACGACAUUUGUUAUUUAAUCCUGAUGUACAUUUUAGAAGGCAAGAUAAAAGAAGAAAUAUAAUAGAUAGAUAUCAGCAUCAUGCAUAUUCGCUACCUUAUUUUAAUCAUUGGUUAAGAAAUUUUAGUCAAUCCUUUAAAAGUGCACUUAUUGAUAAUGAGCCAGAUUAUCAAGAUGUAGAUCCAUGGUGUUUUAGACCCAAAAGAACUCCAUUUUAUGGAAGAUUCCCAUUUUUUCUUGAAGUUCCAAAAUAUAAUGUUGAUAAUCCUAAUUACGAAAAAAAUUCUCAUAGUUAUAUGCAAAAAUACUAUGAAAGUAUUGGAUAUAUUCCUCAAAGUGAACAAAAAGAAGAUUAA